AUGGUCAGAAUUGCUUACUCUGUGGCGUUGUACUUUGCGGUCUCGGUCCUGGCCAGUCCAGUGACACCUGACCCCGCGGGCGUCAAGAAUAUCGGAAACGCUGCCGGCCAGCAGUUCAUUGGCGGCGAGUGCCUGAGCUCGGCGGAUUGCGCCUCUACGUGCUGCGCUUUCAACGACAAUGGCGGAGGCGUCUGUUCGGGAGUUGGAGCCCAAUUCCAGGCCGGAAAGUCAGGCUGUGGGUUCGGAGAUGGCGGUGCGAGUCCUGCUGCUGCGUCGUCUGUAGCAGCCCCGGCAGCAACGGCUGUCGCAAGCUCCGGUGCAACGACCAUUGAUUCUUCGGCUCCAGGUGCUCAGAAUGUUGGUCUGGGCAAUGGACAGCAAUUCAUUACUGGGCAGUGCCUCUCGGACGCCGAUUGUGCGUCAGGUUGCUGUGCAAACCCAAAGGGCGUAUGUUCUGCAGUGGCCGUUGCCUUUGAUAGUGGCAAGCAAGGAUGUGGCUUUGUCGGCACGGCUGCCUAG